AUGAGCACUUCAUUCGGUUUCAAGGCGAAACCCGGUCUCUCGAAGCCCGGCAAACCACUAUCCAAACCUUCAGCGUUUUCCAAACCAUCUGUCUUCGGUGGCCUAGCAGACGACGACGAUUCCGACGAUGGCGACCCGACUAAAAGUCUCAAUAAACCCGUCCAGUACGGGCUCCAAAAGCCUGUUUCAUCUUCUUCCUCGGCACCGUCGAAACGAUCUGGUCCUGGCUCGUUAAAUAAACCGUCAUUGUCGAAACCGGCUCCCCCUCAUGAGGAAGAGGAGGAGGAGAAAGAGGAUCCAUCGAUCUAUGAUUACGAUACAGCAUGGGAUAGCAUGAAAGCUGCCGAGGAUCGUCGUAAGACCACUACUCAAGGCUCUUCACAGGAGAGGAAACCAAAGUACAUGGAAAAUCUCCUCGCAUCUGCGAAAGUCCGUGAACGGGACCGUUUACGUGCUAAAGACCGAAUGCUUCAAAAGGAGCGAGAGGCAGAAGGAGAAGAGUUUGCAGAUAAAGACAAAUUCGUGACGGGAGCUUACAAAGCGCAACAAGAAGAGAUAAGAAGACUGGAGGAAGAAGAGAAGAGAAAACAGGAAGAAAUGGAAAAGAAAGGCGGUGGUAUCGCUGGGUUUUACCGAAACAUGCUGGAUGAUACGGAGAAACACCAUGCGGAAUUGGUCAAGGCCACGGAGAAGAAGAACGAUGAGCCUUCGUUCUUAAUGUCAAGACCCGGAGAAGAGCAAGAUAUGAAGGAUAAAGCUAAAUCAGAAGCUGAGAUUGCAGCGGAAUUGAAUAAGAAGGCUGCUGGGUCUGUAGAUGUCAACGACGAAGGGCAUGUUGUGGACAAACGGCAGCUACUGGGUGCUGGGCUGAAUGUCAAGCCCAAACCUAAACCGACAUCCUCAAAGUCUCAAGGCGAUUCGAGGAGUCGAGAUUCGAGAGAUUCUUACUCGCGGCCUACGAAUGACGACUACCGUGCGAGUAAGGCGAAGAAGGAGAUGAGGGAAAGACAGAGCCGCAUGAUUGCCCAGCAGCUGGAAGAAGCCAGUCGGAAAACCGCCCGUGACGAGGCUGCAGAUCGAGCAGAGAUCGAGAGGCAGGCCAAAAUGCGCAAGACUACCACCGGCGAUGUUAAUUCUGCUAGAGAGCGAUACUUGCAGAGAAAGAAGGAAGCUGAAGAAAAGAAGAAAGCCGGCGCUUGA